CACAAAUCUAGUUGUGUGGAACACUUUGCUGAAAACACAUCUUGUUUGAGUUCCAUUCUUAGCCAUGGCCUUUGAUUGCUACGCAUCGCCAUUGCAGCCGAUCAUUUCCACAUUGGAGAUUCUGAAGCUCUUUGGCGGAUUUCCCCUAAAGAUUUUGGAUCAAGAUGGAACCACGUUCCAUUUCCAACCAAUUCGAGGAAUUGCCUUGUCUGUGAUGUUGCCAAUGUCGCUUAUAAUUUUAAUUAACAUCAUCUUGAAAGACUUGAGACAAACCCUUGUCGUCCUACCUGAUCGGAACUCGAAAAUGGAAAUCGCUAAAUUGUCUGGAACCGAAUUAAUCACCGGUUUUCUUCAGUUUCUACCUAAUGUGUGUGGACUUGUUAUUGUGAUAAUCCUUUUUCUAAAAGGACACAAGGGCUUGUCCCAUUUGUGCCACGCUAUAAAAGGAUUCAAUUCCGAUGGGAAAAUUGCUGGCGAUUAUUCCAGAUUGGGCUCACGGAAUGUCACGAUCAUUUUGGGAUUCUACAUCCUUAUUCUGUUCUCCGGAUUUGGCUUAAUCGUGUACUUUUACUUGAUCAUGGGCUCCAAUCCGAUUCCCUGGGACACGUUUGUGAUUUUGGCCUUGCUUAUCGUGCUUCAGUUCUUUUUGGUCUUCUUCCCCGUGGCCAUGGCUUCGUCUUAUCUCAUCUGUCAACAAAUUUUAGGCAGUUUUAAGGUAGGUUACUUGUGAUCAACAAGGUUACAUUUAUGUGCAAGUCG